AUGGGCCUCAUAGAUUCGGUUUACAGAGUACUUACUCGAAGUAACAGCGAUGUUACGCAUCCGCCGUCUCAUGAUGUGCAUAAAAAUAUACACUCAAAUGUUAGAGAAGGAGCUGGUGCUUAUGGUCCUAAAACACCAACAAAGAACCUCAAGCAUGACCGCGGAGGAGCCACACCUAGAAUUUACAAGACUCCCAACACUGGUGAUCAAUUCAAGUUACGAAACCUGGUCUCAUCUCAGAAAAGUAAACCCGUGUCGGAACCAAGUAAGAAGGCAAGUAUCAACUCUACCAAUGCCGUUAAUGUGGGAACUACAGAUUCACCAAUACAUCGACCAACCAACCAUUCUAAAAAGACAAUCACUACGGAUGAUGGACAAAAUCGAUACCCUAAUCAAACUUUACCCACAAUUGCUAACCUACUAAACACUGAGGCUUUACUACCGCAUAAAAAGAUUUCACAAAGGCUACAGGAUGUUGUUACUGAGACAAGAGACUACAGCUCUCAUGAACAGCAAGAAUCAAAUGAGAAUGAGAAUGAAAUAGAAGAGACAUUUGACAAGUUGACUGAAUUGGCUGAGCAGCAAAUUGUUCGGAUGAGAGAUUUGAGUUCUGUUCUUGAAGCAGAAGAUCAGCUAGAUCGAAUGCUGGUCAUUGGAGAGACUGCAUUGAGAGCUGCGAAAGUCGCAGAUAAUACCGAGGAAGAUUCCACUCGAUCGUACUCAGUUUCGAACGCAUCACCGAAGCGGUCAAAGCGAAAUCAACAAGAUUCAUCAAGACUGCAGAAACGACAUAAACCUGGAAAGCAAGAUCUACCGUCAAAAAAUCAACUGCAAGCACAUUUACAAACGGACUCCUCAAAAGAUAACGAGGCAACAAAAGAGCAAAUUACCAACACCCGUGAAGAAGUUUUGAUCGACACAACAUCUACCAUCACCCCACCACAUGGCUCACCGUCCGUAUCUCACGGUAUAAGCAAACAAGGUACAGCAACAACUACCCCAAAACUAUCGAAUAAGCGCCAGAGUGUGUCUGAAACCAUUGACUUGUCAAUAUUUGAUCUGGAUGACGACACAUCUCCAGAACCUGACAAUAAACCCAAGCAUCAAUCGGCACCAAAACGGAAGGAAACAAUGGCGCAGAAAUUGAAGAGGCUAAAGGAGACCCGUAGAGCAACCAAAAGGAAGCAUCCAUCGAAAGAACGCAUAGAGAAGAGAAAGAGGAAAACCAAUGCAAACAAAGCCAAACUGUCUCUUAGUGACAUUGAGUCUAUGCCUAUACGUGCCUCAAUUGUGAUACUGGAAGGUGAGCGCAAAUCCCCAAAAAGUCGUAUUGCUGAAGCACCAAAGCGUCCAACUCCUGAUUCACAAGGGAGUCCAAUCCUUAAACAACCUCCCAGCCCAGUUCUUCGAGCUUUACUCGAUUCAUGUGCAGACAAUCAGCUGACUUCGUCGGAUGAACCGGUAAGUAAUUACGAUAACUCGUCACUUGCUACUGAAAUCAAUCGAGAAGGCCCAGUAAAGACUCUUGCGCAGGACACUCCACUCAGUCAAUACCUGGAGAAUGGUAUACACGGCCAGGUGACAUCUCAGCAUUUUACGAGUAGUAGGACCGUGCUCGAAAUCAAUGCCACGAAGCAAUCAAGGCCAAAUUUCACUGGUGAGAUUGUUGAGACUCGACGAAACAAGAAAUUCAGUGCCGCUGCUCUUUUGAGUCUCUUUUUCGGCGAGCCAAAACCCACACGGCCAUCGGAAGAAGCAAACGAGCAAUUGGCCGAUCACGAGAGGCCCAAAGUGCUACCCUGCAGAAACGAUCAAGACGUCCUUUUUGACAUCGAACAGCAACAUGGCGAUGAAAGAGUUGGUGUAAGGAGUGAAAUAGAACGCUCAAGUGAAGAAAAUAAGGGGAAGACGAGGUCGGUAACAGAACCUCAAAGCAUAAUCGUCACAGGAACCGAAAAACUUGAUAACAACACUGAAAAUAGAGAUCAAAAUGACAUGGAACGAAGGACGGAAGACAGGACUUCGCACGAAUAUGACAUUGAUGAGGCUAGUGACGUUCCAGAUGAUAUGGAAGAUACAUUUCAGGAGCCAUACGAUGACUCUGUUGCUUUGAAUCAAACCAACGGAGAAAGAGGAGCAUCAAAGACGGUAGACGUCUCUCAAGCGGGAGACAAAGAUGAAACGGAUGCACUUGACAGCUUUUUUGUGCUUGAUUCGCUCCAAAAUAAUGUGUCUGGUCAAAGGCAAACUAGUGAGGACACUCAUGAGGCUGCUUCGUCAAAUGUUGUCGCUUCUUCAAGUACUCAACCUGAAGUUGAUUUAUUCAAGAGCUUCUUCGUACUUGAAACACCACAAAAAAAUGCAGCUCCUCACGUUGUGGAUUUUACUGGUACCCAAACUUCGGCACUUUAUGAGCAACCUUCACGCGGGGAAGUUGAAGCAGGUACGAGCUCGAAUAGUUAUGGACUUCAAAUUGACGAGAACUUGUAUCAGGAGUACGUUGAGGAAAUGAAGGAGCACGUCUCUAGAUUUGACUUCAAGGAGACAGAAAAGACAACCAACGUCCUUCUUGAUCCACAAGAAAAGUCCGAAGCAAUAUCGUCCUCUCAGGUCGACCAGCAUAUUGACUUUGGAGACGAAGGGCCUGGGUCCGUUUCACCUAAAUUUGCGACACCGUCACAAUAUCAACCUAAAAAUCAUACACAAGGAACUGAUACAAAGAGCAGCCAUCAAACGAAACGACGCAAGCGAGUGUCGAAAAUGCAAAGUAUGUUGAGCUUGAUGAACUCUUCGUCGGACGAAGAUUUCAGUCCAGAUGAGAAUGAUGCAAUAACGAAAAGGAUUUACCAGCGUCGUAGGCAACGACGCAAUGUGGAUGCCAGAAACCAGGGAAGUUUUCUACUUGGAACAACUGGUGCAGAAUCCAACAAUGUUGAUGUGCCUGUCGAGUCUCGUGCUACCAGCACAUCAAACACCCACCGCCUGCAGUCUACCAAUGCAAACGAUUUUGCAGCUGCACCCGAUUUCCAUGCAACAAGCCUGCAGAGUGUGAUAUCGCAAAAAAAGGUCAUUGAAGAUUCCCAAGAUGGUCAGACUGUGACUGCACUUGAUGCUAUCCCCAACGCUGGUGAACCUAACUUGCUCGAAGUUGAGAGAACAAAUUCACAAGUGUAUUCAUCAAACCCUUCAUCGACAAACACAAAUAGCCAACUAUGUCAACAAGGUAGUAGCCAGCUGGUUCAUUCUACAACUGAGAAAGUAAAUGAGGAUGUUGAAGACACCACCUUUGACAUGUCUGCCAUAGCAAUAUCAAUUGAAGAAGCUGCAGUCACUGCCUCCAACAAAACAAAGAAGCAGCGGAAACGAUUGAAGGAAAAAGAGAGAAGCCCUAGCAAUGCCGAAAAGAGAAAACUACCGGACGCAACAAAUGAAAGAGUAUCGAGAACUGACGAAACAGAGGUGCAUUCAGUUGACAUUUCCUCUCAGAUGAAAGAGGGGCUGGAUGGAAUAACGAAGGUUGAGUUAGACAUUGCAAAACGAAUGUUGAGCGAACUUAGUAAAAAAAAAGCGGACGAAUUGACAAGUCUGCAAUUUGCCGAAGUCACAGGUCCUCAGAAGAAAAAGAAAAAUAAAGCCAAUGAAAGCAUGAAAAGAAAGAAUCGAAGAAAGAAGAUGGCUAAGAUGAAAGGAGAUGGUAACGUAUAG